AUGCUCAUUGGAGCAGACAUCUCUGGCGCGCAGGUCAAGGACCCCGAGAUCAAGUACAUCUGCGGCGACUGCGGCAUCGUCAACUACCUCGCGGCCCGCGACCCGAUCCGCUGCCGCGCCUGCGGCUACCGCAUCAUGUACAAGGCCCGCACCAAGCGCCUGAUCCAGUUCGAGGCCCGGUAA